CAAGACGCUGGUAGACGGAUUAGUUACACGUAUCGUAGGCCAGACUGUAGCCACCACAUUUGACGAAAACCUGAAAGGGGACUUCUUAAAAGGUAUAUUUUACAGCAUUCACAAUUUGUAUUCCAUGUUGUAGUUGAACUGUAUGGAUAAACAUUCACCCUGAAACUCUGAUAUCUUGCUUUAUUUGCUAGAAAGCUAUGGUUAGCGUCUUCUUGCUAGCUAGCUUCCUGGCUUUGGGCGGCUAGGAAGCGCGUUCUACAGCAGUGCGUGCAGCUAGCUAACAUUUAAUACAGUAACGUUAUAGCUACAUGGUACAUACCUGAUAGCUAAUUUUUAUUCAUCAGGGGUUGAGAAGAUAUUGGGCUUAGUUUUGCAGCGUUAAAGAUGCAUAGCUAGCUAGUUAAUAACAAUUGGCUGUUAUUGUGCCGAAGCCGAAGGCCCCUCCGUUGUAGUUAGCUACAGUAGCUAGCUUGCAACUAUGUUGUUCUGGGCUGGGAAACGUAUUAUUAUUUAUGUGAGGGACAUCAAUGGACAUCUAAUUAGCUAUUGAAUGAUUGAAGAUGGUAACAUUUCAGUUUCACAGUCGUGCUAAGGAGACUUGAAUCCCAAGGCGCUAAUGUGGGGCCUACAAUUUUUGAUUUAUACAUGUUAAUAGGCUUUAGUUACAUCAUCAGUUGAAAUGACUGAACACCAUUUUUGCCCAAUUUCAGAAUAAACUUCUCUGUGCCCUGGAGGUUUGAGGAUGGAGGACAGUGAGGGUCACAGCUCUGCACCCCAAGGAUCUGGUGAUGGAGCGAUGAGCACUAUGAAUUUAUAUGCCACUCUGGGGCUCUCUCCAGAAGACGUGGAUGCUCUGGCCCAGAUUCCAGAGAACGAGAUAAGUGUGGAGACGUUGCCUUAUCUGAUAAUGCAACUGAAGGCCAAACGAGCCAAGCAAGAGGGGCAGGGAGAGGCCUCCCCGAAGAGAGACAGCCAGCAGGAGGAUACAGAUGAUGGAGACCGCAGCAAACAGGACAGUCCCCCUGCAGUCCCUCCCCAGUCCAACAGCCAUUGUGACACUGACUAUAGGAAAGUGGAGAUUCACAGUCGACCAGAGCGGACUGAGGCAAGGAGAGGUUCCCGUCGCGCUAGGUUCUCAAGGGAAAAACCAUCCGACAGCCAGCAAAAGUUUCCUUUCUCCUAUCAAGUGGAUGAUUUUCAUGGAGUUGUGCCCAAGAUUUACCCACACACAUGCUCUCUAUGCUUCUGCAUGUUGAAUUCUUCCAAGGUAAGCUUUGUUAUAUUUCAAUACUCUUGCUGUUGGACUGUAUAUCUAUAUACUUUUAAUCAGAACACUUCAACUUGUAUGAUGGCAUUCAUUUAGCUUAAUGAGUUUGCUUUUUUCACAGACAUGGAAGGAACAUCUCAAUGGAUUACGACAUGCGGAGGGCUGUCGAGAACUCUUGCGCCUGUAAGUGUUUUCAUGCAAAGUAAAAUAUUUAGAAAAUGGACUGAUACAGGUCACAAAAUCAAUUGAGAUAUUUCCUAUUACCUGGUUUUAUUCAAAAUCGUUUUUUUUUCUCGUUUCUGUUUUUUUACAGAUAUCCAGAUUGGAAAAUACAUGAUACCGAGAUGGAAAUGUGAGGGGCAUGAAAUUCAGCUUUAAGUUGAAAACAGCCAUGUCAUGAUGUAAAACCAUUAGCUAUUCCUCAUCUUACUUAGCACUGUUUACGUUACCUUCCAGGUCCAACUCCAUCCCAAGUAGAGAUGCUAUUUCACCGCCCAGAAAAAUGCCACGUCCUGCUAUGCCUAACAAGAGACAACAUAGCUCAGACCGUGUAGGAGGUGAUAAACCGAGUCCCGUUCAAAAGUCAAGUUUGAUCCAGACCAAAUAAGGUCCAAUUGCAAACCAUUUGAAAAUAAAUACUAUCUCCUUUCAUGUUUUCAUCUUUAGGUGAAGUCUGGUCUGCACCAGAAAGACACCAUUUGAAGCCCAAGGUAAUGAUGCCACUUUUGUGGCAUUGUUUUCUUAUAAAUAGAGCAUUUUUUAUUGACUUAUGAUGUUGUUUAUUUGCUUAAAGCUAGCUGCGUGCUUGAAUGUGUGAUUUAUAUUUUGCUUCAGGCUGGCACGAAGGUGGUGGUCACAAAAUUUCCCCAUGGCUCUGUUUGUGUUGAAGACUUGAUGGCUUUGGCUAAGCCAUUCGGCACAGUUGUAAAACAUCUUGUGUUCCCCUGCAAGGUAAGUCACACAAAUUGAUAAGAAAAACUGAGGAAUAAACACUGUAAACUCUUGACCGCUUAAGGAUCGGAACCCUUUUUUUCAAUUUUCGCCUAAAAUGACAUACCCAAAUCUAACUGCCUGUAGCUCUGGACCUGAAGCAAGGAUGUGCAUAUUCUUGAUGCCAUUUGAAAGGAAACACUUUGAAGUUUGUGGAAAUGUGAAAUUAAUGUAGGAGAAUAUAACAUCUUAGAUCUGGUAAAAGAUAAUACAAACAAAAAAACAUGCGUUUUCUAUUUAUUUUUUUGUUCCAUAUUUGAAAUGCAAGAGGAAGGCCACAAUAUAAUAUUGCAGUUUAGGCGCAAUGUGUGCAACGUUUCAGAUUGAUCCAGUGAAGCGUUGCAAUACUGGACUAUUUUGUAUCAAGUUUGCCCAAAUGUGCCGAAUUGGUCAAUUGAUACAUUUUCAAGUACAUAACUAUAGAAAACAAAAAAAAGAUAUGGUAAUACAAAAUGUAAGUUUACACACUCCCAUUAGCUUAUACGCUAACUUUCACACAUCUAGAUGGCCGGGUGGGGUGGGUGUGGAGCCAGAGACAGCAGGGGCUCAAACUGUAGAACCCAGUUCCUACAUUUGAAAAUAAAAAUUGAUUUUAUCAAACAAAACUAUGCUACAACUAUACUACAUUUUAUCUCUGGGACUCUUAGGAUGACAAAUCAGAGCAAGAUUACUGAAUGUAAGUACAUUAUUUACCUUCAGAGGUGAAUGUAUCAAAACAGUUGCCGUGAUACGUUCUUUGUUGUUGUGCACUCUCCUCAAACAAUAGCAUGGUGUUUUUUCACUGUAAUAGCUACUGUGAAUUGAAUAGUGCAGUUAGAUUAACAAGAAUGUAAGCGUUCUGCCCAUGUAAGACAUGUCUAUAUCCUGGAAAGUUUGCUGUUACUUACAACAGUCAAACUAAUCACAUUAGUGCACGUUAGUUCAACCGUCCCGUAUACGGGACACCGAUCCCAAAAUUGCUCCGCCAUUUCCUGGUUGCACAAAUUCUAAUAGUUCGCCUAAUUUUAGUGUAUGUGACAAAACAAGCAAGUACAGUGCCUUGCAAAAGUAUUCAUCCCGCUGUUGCGUUUUUCCUAUUUUGUUGCAUUACAACCUGUAAUUUAAAUUGAUUUCAUGUAAUGGACAUACACAAAAUAGUCCAAAUUGGUGAAGUGAAAUGAAAAAAUGUCUACAAAAUGAAUAAUGGGAAAGUGGUGCGUGCAUAUGUAGCUCAGUUGGUAGAGCAUGGCGUUUGCAACGCCAGGGUUGUGGGUUCGAUUCCCACGGGGGGCCAGUAUGAAAAAUGUAAUAAAAAAAUGUAUGCACUCACUAAUUGUAAGUCGCUCUGGAUAAGAGCGUCUGCUAAAUGACUAAAAUGUAAUGUAUUCACCCCCUUUGCUAUGAAGCCCCUAAAUAAGAUCUGGUGCAACCAAUUACCUUCAGAAGUCACAUAAUUAGUUAAAUAAAGUCCACCUGUGUGACAUCUAAGUGUAACAUGAUCUCAGUGUAUAUAUACACCUGUUCUGAAAGGCCACAGAGUCUGCAACACCACUAAGCAAGGGGCACCACCAAGCAAGCUCUCCAAACAGGUCAGGGACGAAGUUGUGGAGAAGUACAGAUCAAGGUUGGGUUAUAAAAACAUAUCAGAAACUUUGAACAUCCCACGGAGCACCAUUUUAAAAUCCAUUAUUAAAAAAUGGAAAGAAUAUGGCACCACAACAAACCUGUCAAGAGAGGGCCACCCACCAAAACUCACGGACCAGGCAAGGAGGGCAUUAAUCAGAGAGCCAACAAAGAGACCAAAGAUAACCCUGAAGGAGCUACAAACCUCCACAGCGGAGAUUGGAGUAUCUGUCCAUAGGACCACUUUAAGCUGUACAUUCCACAGAGCUGGGGUUUCCGGAAGAGUGGCCAGGAAAAAGCCAUUGCUUAAAGAAAAAAAUAUGCAAACACGUUUGGUGUUCGUCAAAAUGCAUGUGGGAGACUCCCCAAACAUAUGGGAGAAGGUACUCUGGUCAGAUGAGACUCAAAUUGAGCUUUUUGGCCAUCAAGGAAAACGCUAUGUCUGGCGCCAACCCAACACCUCUCAUCACCCCGUUUUUCAUUGGCAGGGAAACUGGUCAGAAUUGAAGGAAUGAUGGAUGGUGCUAAAUACAGGGAAAUUCUUGAGGAAAACCUGUUUCAGUCUUCCAGAAAUUUGAGACUGGGACGGCGGUUCACCUUCCAGCAGGACAAUGACCCUAAGCAUGCCGCUAAAGCAGCACUUGAGUGGUUUAAGGGGAAACAUUUUAAAUGUCUUGGAAUGGCCUAGUCAAAGCCCAGACCUCAAUCCAAUUGAGAAUCUGUGGUAUGACUUAAAGAUAGCUGUACACCAGCGGAACCCAUCCAACUUGAAGGAGCUGGAGCAGUUUUGCCUUGAAGAAUGGGCAAAAAUCCCAGUGGCUAGAUGUGCCAAGCUUAUAGAGACAUACCCCAAGAGACUUGCAGCUGUAAUUGCUGCAAAAGGUGGCUCUACAAAGUAUUUGCAUCUUCAAAAUGGUAGGCAUGUUGUGUAAAUCAAAUGAUACAAACCCCCCAAAAAUCAAAUUUAAUUCCAGGUUGUAAGACAACAAAAUAGGAAAAAUGCCAAGAGGGAUGAAUACUUUCGCAAGCCACUGUAUAGUGUAGAGAAACACCGUUCAACUGACGACCGAAGUGUACGUGCACGGCCUGCCACAAGGAGUCGCUAGAGCGCGAUGAGCCAAGUAAAGCCCCCCGGCCAAACCCUCCCUUAACCCAGACGACGCUGGGCCAAUUUUGCGCCACCGGGUCACGGCCGGUUGUGACACAGCCUGGGAUCGAACCCGGGUCUGUAGUGACGCCUCAAGCACUGCAAUGCAGUGCCUUAGACCGUUGCGCCACUCGGGAGACUUUAGACUUGCUUUCAAUGAGAAUGAGAGAUCUAUAUGUGAAUUUGGUCGAGUCGCCCAAAAACGUACAUAUUGCAGCUUUAACAUUCUCUUAAAAAAAAAAAAGUUGCAUCUGUAGUUGAAUGUCUAUUGGAUGAUUCAGUGUUGUAUUUUUGUUACAGGGCUUCCUGGAGUUUGGUUUGCACAAAGAGGCAGUCAAUAUGGUGAAUCACUACAGUGAAAAGCAAGCUUUCGUGAAGGGACUUAAGUUGACUCUGUACCUGUCACCUAUGGUGUGCAGUAUUUAUGUAAGUGCAUCUGCCUCUUUAAAAUUUUGAGAUUCUGUAUUCUUAAUCACAGAGAUCCCAGUAUGAGCUUGUUUUUUUCCUUUAGCCGCCAAGGUUGGAUGAACCACCAGAAAAACGGCAGACCAAACAAGUUACCAAUACAGUGGUUUGUUUUUCCCGCAUACCUCCUGGGAAGGAAAGAGAACCAGAGAUUCUCGAUCUCGCCAAGAUGUUUGGGGAUGUGCGGCAUUCAACAUUUUCAAGCGAUCAGGUAAGGUUUGAGCAAUAUGGAAUUGAAGUGUGAUCAAUCAAAUUCUGCAAUUCUCUGGUGAUUUCAAAUAGAAAACAAUUAAAACAAUUUAACAAUGCAGUGUAUCUAUUUUUUUGUAUGACUAUAGUAGAUCAAUUCAACACCAAAACCUCCAUUAUGCAGCACCUUCUCUAGCUUUGUCUAAUGAAUUCUCCCUUAUUCAUCUGCAGGCCCUGAUUGAGAUGGUAGAUUGGAAAGAUGCUGACAUUAUGGUGAAGUACUACCACUCCAACCCCCUCAAGAUCAAUGGAAAGAGUGUCAAAGUAUUCUUGUCAUCGUCACUGAAGCGCCUGAGGUAAGUAAGAGUCCUUCAACUGGGGCUAUGGGACUCAUCAGGAAGUUUGUGUCAGGGAAGUUUACCUCAAUGGUUUUUGCCUUGUAGAGAAAGUCCUGACUCCACCACAUCCAGAAGAGCAGAUUCCAGUAAAGGCCGCAGCAGCAGACACAAGAGAGAGGAGACCAGCAAGACCUCAAACUCCACGAACAAAGAGAAACCCAGUACAGGCAAACAACCUGCUGAGAAAGUGAUGGAACAAGGAGAAGAUCAACAAUGCACCUCAGAGGAGGUCAAGGAAGUGGUCAAGCAGGUCAUCGAGGAGGUGGUCAAGAAGGAGGUGGUCAAGGAAGAGGACAUUGAUUUGGAAAAAAAAGAUCUAGACGAAGAGGGUGUCCAGGUGGAAGCUGAACAAAGCUUGUUAGAUGAUGAGGUUGGAGCUGGUGCUGGUGUUAAUACUAAAGACCCUGCUCCUUCCAAAAGUGCCUCUCUGGUGGCUGAUUCUAAAGAUAAGGGGGAACCCGAAAUCUCAGAACUGUUGGCAGACAAUACCUUGGAGGCUUCUGACAUAAAGGCUGCCGAUGAUCCAGCUCUGUGUGACGCUGAUGUCUCAGUGGAGAACAUGAUGGAACAGGAGAGCUUUCAUGAAGAUGUAAGAAAUUCUUGUCAUUCAUAUUUGUGACUGGAACCAACAAGAAAAGGCUUAUUGUUCCCAUUAUUUAAAAUAAGUUAAUGUCAAGUAACCAAGAUGUGGGUUCCGAGCAAUGUGUUCUUAAAGCAUGUGUGCUUCUACUCUUCAACGUAGUUUGUAGUUUGGUUGAUGCCUAGAACCACUCAAAUCUGGCUGAGGUUUCAAAUAAAAUUUCUGACACUUUAGAUUGAACCUUGACAAUCUAAACAAACAGUCAAGAUAUUUUCUGUGACUGUCAGCAAUGGCUGGUUUGAGUCAUGGAUUGUUGGAAUAUAGAGUUUGCUUGGUACCAUAGCACACUAUGUACAGUGCCUUCUGAAAGUAUUCAUACCCCUUGACUUACUCCACAUUUUGUUGUUACAGCCUGAAUUAAAAAUUGAUUACAUUGAAUUUCUCAUCCAUCUACACACAAUACGCAUUAUGACAAAGUGAAAACUAGUUUUUAGAAAUGUUUUCAAAUUUAUUUAAAUUAAUUUACAUAAGUAUUCACACCCCUGAGUAAAUAUGUUAGAAUCACCUUUCUGAGUAAGUCUCAAAUAGAUUUUCACACCUGGCUUGUACAAUAUUGGCACACAAUACUUUAAGCUCUGUGAAUACUUAUUGAACACAAGACAUUUCAGCUUUUAACCAUAAUUCCACUUUGACAUGGGGUAUUGUGUGUAGGCCAGUGACACAAUCUAAAUGUAAUCAAUUUUAAAUUCAGGCUGUAACACAACAAAAUGUGGAAAAAGUCUAGGGGUCUGAAUCCUUUCUGAAGGCACUGUAUGUAGGCUAGAUGAUGUGCUCAGGGGUUAUUAAUUCCAUCAGUUUUAUGAGUGCCCUACAAAUCAGAUGGAGAUAAGAUUUGAAGGGUCUCCUUAUGUUCCAUGGUUGAAUAUCAAAGGUGAUAGAGCCAUCUCUGUACAAGCUCCAAUUGUUUCCAGAAACCUAGACUGUCAGUAGUAAUCCAGAACAGGCGCUUAAGCACUUGAAAGUCAGCCAAACAUUGUGGAUCAGUAGACAUGCCUAUCUGUUCAGCCCUAACAUGGUUAACCUGGACUGACCCAAGCGGUUUGAAUAACAAAUGACAUUGACAGCUUAAAAUAUCCUUUGUAAUAGUGCAUCCACAGAGUUCACUUCCUAGCUUUAAGAGACUUUUGACAGAUUCCCAUUGCAACCUCCAAAAAUAUUUAUGAGGUUAGAUAUGAUUCUGGUGCAGCACUGUGGAACUUGAAACUCUUGUUCUUUAACUUAUUGAUGUUUUGGACUUAUUUCCAACAGGACAAUAUGGAUGACAUGGAUUUCCCUGAGAAUAUGGAUGAUUUUGUUACAUUGGAUGAACUCGACAACAAUACUGGAGGGGACACAUCGCUGGGUAAUCAAUGAAUGAUGCAAAACGUUCUUACUUGGCAGCAAAGGACAUAACAAUUAUUACGAUUGUUUAGCCUGUGUGGGUAACACAUGAAGAAAAUAAUCUGAAGAUCAUAAUUUUAUAGUAAUAAUUACUUUUGUUUUUAUUUGCAGAGUCAAAGGAUGCUUCAUGGGUUGGUAUUCCUCCAAAAACGACAUUGUUCAUUUAGAAACGUGUAGUUGAAUGUGUCAAGUGUAGAAAAGUUGCUUUAUCCAACAUUAUUGAUAGUAGGUUGCGCAGUAAAAUUGUUUUCUACAGGAUGGAAAAGUUGUCCAUAUUAGCCCAAUUAGAAAGGGCUAUGGAAACGUGGAGGUGGCCCUAUUGAAACUGGCAGAGCGAGCAAACGUGAAAGUUGUCAACCAUUCCAUAUCCUUCCUCAAACAGGAGGUAUGUUCAAAAUUAUGUUACUUGCAGAUAUGUUAUUUGGGGAUCAGUGUAUUUAUUCUUUAUGGGAAUAAUUUUGUCGCAGCAACAGUGGUGAAUAACAAUUUGACAAUGUAUUUCGGCAUACAGGGAGGAGUUUUACUCAACCCCUGAUUUGUGCAAGCGUUUGCUGUCCUAGUUUUUAUGACAUUGAGCUUUUUCUAUAUUUUCAGGCAUGGUUAGAGCUUGAAACUACAGAGGAAGUACGUGAAAUGGUGAAAUUCUACAAAGGCAAAGGAGAGUUGUUGCGGAAACGUGUCAAUGUUAGCAUGUGCUUUUCACAGAAAAAGUUGGAGGUGGGUUUGGUGUCUGCUAAAUGGUGUAGUAUCUAUGGUGUACAUGUUAUGCAUCUGAUGAGAGAUUUGAGUUACAGUGCAUUGGAAAGUAUUCAGUACCAUUGACUUUCCACAUUUUCUUACGUUACAGCCUUAUUGUAAAACUAAUUCAAUUGUCCCCCCCCCCCCCCCCCCCCAUCAAUCUACACACAAUACCCCAUAAUGACGAAGCAAGAAUAGUCUUUUAGAAAUGUUUGCUAAUUUAUUAAAAUUACAAAACUGAAAUAUUACAUUUACAUAAGUAUUCAGACCCUUUACUCAGUGCUUUGUUGAAGCACCUUUGGCAGCGAUUACAGCCACGAUUCUUCUUGGGUAUGACACUACAAGCUUGGCACACCUGUAUUUGGGGAGUUUCUCCAAUUCUUCUCUGCAGAUCCUCUCAAGCUCUGUCAGGUUGGAUGGGGAGCGUCGCUGCACAGCUAUUUUUGGGUCUUUCCAGAGAUGUUCGAUUGGGUUCAAGUCCAUGCUCUGGCUGGGCCACUAAAAGACAUUCAGAGACCGAAGCCACUCCUGUGUUGUCUUGGCUGUGUGCUUAGGGUCAUUGUCCUGUUGGAAGGUGACCCUUCGUCCCAGUCUGAGGUCCUGAGCGCACUGGAGCAGGUUUUCAUCAAGGAUCUCUCUGUACUUUGCUCCAUUCAUCUUUCCCUUGAUCCUGACUGGCCUCCCAGUCCCUGCUGCUGAAAGACAGUUUGCAUACCGCCCCAACAGAUCCACUCCACACUGCCCUUUCCCACCUGGACAAGAGGAACACCUACGUGAGAAUGCUAUUCAUUGACUACAGCUCAGCAUUCAACACCAUAGUGCCCUCAAAGCUCAUCACUAAGCUAAGGAUCCUGGGACUAAACACCUCCCUCUGCAACUGGAUCCUGGACUUCCUGACGGGCCGCCCCCAGGUGGUAAGGGUAGGUAACAACACAUCUGCCACACUGAUCCUCAACACGGGGGCCCCUCAGGGGUGCGUGCUCAGUCCCCUCCUGUACUCUCUGUUCACCCAUGACUGCAUGGCCAGGCACGACUCCAACACCAUCAUUAAGUUUGCCGACGACACAACAGUGGUAGGCCUGAUCAUCGACAACGAUGAGACAGCCUAUAGGGAGGAGGUCAGAGAUCUGGCCGUGUGGUGCCAGGACAACAACCUCUCCCUCAACGUGACCAAGACAAAGGAGAUGAUUGUGGACUACAGGAAAAAAAAGAGGACUGAGCACGCCCCCAUUCUCAUCGACGGGGCUGUAGUGGAACAGGUUGAGAGCUUCAAGUUCCUUGGUGUCCACAUCACCAACGAACUAUCAUGGUCCAAACACACCAAGACAGUCGUGAAGAGGGCACGACAAAGCCUAUUCCCCCUCAGGAGACUAAAAAGAUUUGGCAUGGGUCCUCAGAUCCUCAAAAAAUUCUACAGCUGCACCAUCGAGAGCAUCCUGACUGGUUGCAUCACCGCCUGGUAUGGCAACUGCUUGGCCUCUGACCGCAAGGCACUACAGAGGGUAGUGCGUACGGCCCAGUACAUCACAGGGGCAAAGCUCCCUGCCAUCCAGGACCUCUAUACCAGGCGGUGUCAGAGGAAGGCCCUCAAAAUUGUCAAAGACUCCAGUCACCCUAGUCAUAGACUGUUCUCUCUGCUACCGCACGGCAAGCGGUACCGGAGUGCCAAGUCUAGGUCCAAAAGACUUCUCAACAGCUUCUACCCCCCAAGCCAUAAGACUCCUGAACAGCUAAUCAUGGCUACCCGGACUAUUUGCACUGCCCCCCUUAAUUUCCCCCCCAAAAAUUUUUAAUCCCUUUUUCCCCCCCUUGGGCCCUUAAAAAAAACCCCCGGGGGGAAAAACCCCCCCCUUCUGCCCUUUUGAAUGUCAUAAAGUGCUUAUCAACAUUAUGAUAUAGGUUGCGCAGUAAAAUUGUUUUCUACAGGAUGGAAAAGUUGUCCAUAUUAGCCCAAUUAGAAAGGGCUAUGGAAACGUGGAGGUGGCCCUAUUGAAACUGGCAGAGCGAGCAAACGUGAAAGUUGUCAACCAUUCCAUAUCCUUCCUCAAACAGGAGGUAUGUUCAAAAUUAUGUUACUUGCAGAUAUGUUAUUUGGGGAUCAGUGUAUUUAUUCUUUAUGGGAAUAAUUUUGUCGCAGCAACAGUGGUGAAUAACAAUUUGACAAUGUAUUUCGGCAUACAGGGAGGAGUUUUACUCAACCCCUGAUUUGUGCAAGCGUUUGCUGUCCUAGUUUUUAUGACAUUGAGCUUUUUCUAUAUUUUCAGGCAUGGUUAGAGCUUGAAACUACAGAGGAAGUACGUGAAAUGGUGAAAUUCUACAAAGGCAAAGGAGAGUUGUUGCGGAAACGUGUCAAUGUUAGCAUGUGCUUUUCACAGAAAAAGUUGGAGGUGGGUUUGGUGUCUGCUAAAUGGUGUAGUAUUCUAUGGUGUACAUGUUAUGCAUCUGAUGAGAGAUUUGAGUUACAGUGCAUUGGAAAGUAUUCAGUACCAUUGACUUUCCACAUUUUCUUACGUUACAGCCUUAUUGUAAAACUAAUUCAAUUGUCCCCCCCCCCCCCCCCAUCAAUCUACACACAAUACCCCAUAAUGACGAAGCAAGAAUAGUCUUUUAGAAAUGUUUGCUAAUUUAUUAAAAUUACAAAACUGAAAUAUUACAUUUACAUAAGUAUUCAGACCCUUUACUCAGUGCUUUGUUGAAGCACCUUUGGCAGCGAUUACAGCCACGAUUCUUCUUGGGUAUGACACUACAAGCUUGGCACACCUGUAUUGCCACUUUAUUUUUACUUCUGCUCUUUUUUUCUCAACACUUUUUUGUUGUUGUUUUAUUCUUACUUUUUUGUUUAAAAUAAAUGCACUGUUGGUUAAGGGCUGUAAGUAAGCAUUUCCCUGUAAUGUCUGCACCUGUUGUAUUCGGCGCAUGUGACCAAUAAAAUUUGAUUUGAUUUGAUUUGAAAACAUCCCCACAGCAUGAUGCUGCCACCACCAUGCUUCACAGUAGGGAUUGUGCUAGGUUUCCUCCAGACGUGACACAACAUUCAGGCCAUGAGUUCCAUCUUGGUUUUAUCAGACCAGAGAAUCUUGUUUCUCAUGGUCUGAGAAUCAUUAAGGUGCUUUUUUUCAAACCAAGCGGGCUGUCGUGACUUUUACUGAGGAGUGGCUUCCGUCUGGCCACUCUACCAUAAAGGCCUGAUUGGUGGAGUGCUGCAGAGAUGGUUGUCCUUCUGGAAGGUUCUCCCAUCUCCACAGAGGAACUCUGGAGCUCUGUCAGAGUGACCAUCGGGUUCUUGGUCACCUCCCUGACCAAGGCCCUUCUCCCCCGAUUGUUCAGUUUGGCUGGGCGGCCAGCUGUAGGAAGAGUCUUGGUGAUUCCAAACUUCUUCCAUUUAAGAAUGAUGGAGACCACUGUGUUCUUGGGGACAUUCAAUGCUGCAGAAAUGUUUUGGUACCCUUCCCCAGAUCUGUGCGUAGACACAAUCCUAUCUUGAAGCUCUACGGACAAUUCCUUCAACCUCACGGCUUGGUUUUUGCUCUGACGUGCACUGUCAACAGUGGGACCUUAUAUAGCCAGGUGUGUGCUUUUCCAAAUCAUGUCCUAUCAAUUGAAUUUACCACAGGGGGACUCUAACCAAGUAGAAACAUCUCAAGGAUGAUCAGUGGAAACAGGAGCUCAAUGCACCUGAGCUCAAUUUCGAGUCUCAUAGCAAAGGGUCUGAAUACUUAUGUAAAAAAAGGUUUUUCAGUUUUUUAUAUUUAAUAAAAUUGCAAACAUUUCUAAAAAUCUGUUUUCGCUUUGUCAUUAUGGGGUAUUGUGUGUAGAUUGAGGGGAAUAAGGCUGCAAUGUAACAAAAUGUGGAAUAAGUCAAGGGGUCUGAAUACUUUCCAAAUGCACUGUAUUAUAAACUCAACUACACACUAGCAUAAAUAUUUGUAACACAAAGAUGCAUACUAUGUGUAAUGUGACUUUGUUUCUGUCAAUGUAGAGUCCUAGUGGGAGGUCCAUCUACAUUUCUAUGCUUCCACUCCAGAAGUACUCGGACGUCUCUCUGUUGCGACUUGCCCAGCCUUUCGGGAAAAUCACUGGCUAUAAUUUGAACUGGCGUCAUGGAAAGGUAAAGUUUCACCGGCCCAUUUUUUAGGGGGGAGUUUGUUUUUCUAUUGAUAACGGACUCUCACAUGGAUUUCUUUUUUCUUCUUUCAGUGUUAUAUCCAGUUGGAGAGUGUGGAAGCCGCUCAGAAAAUGGUCAAGUACUUCCAACGUCCACACAAGUUUUACGGCACCCUGUUAAGGGUCAGUUUGUGCAAAAAGGGAGACUCAUUAAUAUACUGGUAAAUCAUUUUCAAUUACCCCUAAGGAUAUGCAGUAGAGUAGAUUAUGGAAAUUAUAGUUAGACAAAAUGGAAUUUGAAUAAUGCUAGUAUCCUGUCCAUGUCCACUGCCAGUUUAAUUGAUUAUCUAUUGGAAGAAGAUACAGCCAAUAAAAUAAUCUGAUAAAGAAUGUUGUGAUCUAUGGUUAAACUGGACUGUAUGAGGGUUGUAUCUAAGUACACUUUCAUGAUAUAGUACUGCAUGAUAUUAUAUUCUGCUCCUGAUGCAGGAAGCCACCAGUCAAAUAUGAGCUGUGGUUGGCCGGUCAGAAAAACAGAAGAUCAAGAGAUCACCAUGGAGAUGAAAAGACCAAUGGCCAGUCAGCCAAAAGCCCCUGUCCAGAGGUGAAACAUGGUUAUUUGCUAUGUUUUUGUUUCCUUAAUUAAAACAAGGUGCAAGAUUGCCUUGUUAGUUAAAUGCUAGCUCAAUAUUUAUGUAUUUAAUUUAGACAUGUUCGUGAACAAUCCUUUUACAGUUACCGGUUAGUCAAGAAGUAAUCAGUCAAUGCACUUCGCACAGAGAAGAGUGAAGAUAUGUCUUGGUGUUGGUCUCAGGCUAAUUAGAACAAAUGAGUGAUAGACAUGAUUGUGUUUGUAUGGCCAGGAUGUCCAGAGCCCUGUGUCUGACAGUGAGGGGGUCUGUGGGGACCCUGAGGGUGAGGAAGCCAGUGGUGUGGAAGCUAUCCCAGAGGGAGAGGAGGAGGAGAAGCAGGAGGAACCUCUGGGUCCUUAUCAACCUGACAACCCUGUUGGUAAGAGGCUGGAGAAAAACAGACUUCUGUUUGUGUGGCUGCCUUUUUUUAAUUAUCGUGUGACAGGGAUCUAAUAAAUAUAUUUUUUUCUGCCAUAUCGUCAGAACACAAACAUGUUUUUUUUUUCUCUCCUUUUACUUGCAGGGUUAGACUAUCUGGUACCAAGGACUGGAUUCUUCUGCAAGCUGUGCAACAUCUUCUACACCAAUGAGAAAACAGCCAAAUCAGUCCACUGUUGCAGUGAGGAACAUUACCUGAACCUUAAGGUAAUUUUCAACUAUGACAAGAGUCAAUUUUAUGAAUCAUACUUUGUGGCGUAUUAGUCGGAAAAUGUAGUUGACCUUGGAGGCCAGAAUAUAUAUUCUCAACAUUCCUCAGGGUUCAAUGUUAAAUGUCGAAUAUUCAUCCGUCAAGGGAAACCUUGUUUACUUAAGCUAGUAUCACCUAUGCUUGUGGAAUCUCAACCAAAUUGAAAGAUAUGGGACUUUUUAGGGGAUCUGUUUUAGCUGGUGUUAUGGGUUAACAUAGAUAAUGGAUUGACAAUGUACACUGAUUUUAUUUUAUUUUUUCAGAGAAAGAUGGAUAAAGAUACAGACCUCGGCUGAUUGAGAGGAUUGUCGUCCACCUGUAGUCUUCCCAGAGGAAGGCCGUUUUAGUAUAAACAUUUUGUCCAGUUUGUUUUUAACAUUCCAGUCUUUUCUGUUUCUGUUGACAACAUUAUGUUACCCAUUUGAAAUUAAUUAAUGCAGCCUAUUACGAAACGUAGUCCCAUUCUGUGGUUAUGAAUAGUACCUGGAUAUAGUUUCCUCUUAUUGAAUAAACAAGUGUUUGACUUAUUCUUUGACUUCUGGAAUUACUUUUGUCACGUCUUAUGGCUAACAUUUACUCUGAACCUACUGACCUUAACAUAUUUGACAGAGGCCUAUGGUUGUUUGUCAAUGGUCAACUGUCAUUUAUCAAUGACAAGGACAUGUGCACAGGAGCGGCUGGAACUACAUCCCAGAAUGUGCCAUUACCCAGAGAACCAUCUGGUGCUUGACUGUGACAGCAGAGAGGGCUAAGAUCCACCCAGCCUGUGGCAAGGAGCAGUACAUCGUUGGAGGAAAGGACAAAUGGGGGAGAUUGUUUGGUCUAAACCAACAUGAAAGAUUUACGCCAUACAGGCCUAGAUGCUUUUGAAUGAUAAACCAAUAGGGGAGAGUUCAGUAAACGUAUUCCAUAAAAUUUCACACACCCUGGGCAAUAAAAAUUGUUCCGCACUUUAUAUACAAGCUCCCAGUAAUUUAUUGGGUAAA